CAAGGAGUUUUGUGUGCUCCAUCUCUGUCAGAGGUAUCCGACAACGGGCAAACUGCUUCCUUGUCCAACAUUUCCCUGUUCCUCGGAACUGUAUCAUUGCGUUCUAACAUCUUCAAAGAGUUUCCGAGAUCAAAGAAAUUAAGCAAAAGAGAUGUCAUUCACUGGAACAUUGGACAAAUGCAAGGCUUGUGAUAAGACUGUCCAUGUGGUGGAUAUGUUGUCUGUUGAAGGUGUGCCUUACCAUAAAACCUGCUUCAAAUGCAGCCACUGCAAGGGAAACCUUGUGAUUGGCACCUACUCCUCCAUGGAUGGAGUCCUGUACUGCAAGCCUCAUUUCGAGCAACUAUUCAAGGAAUCUGGAAAUUUCAGCAAGAAUUUCCAUGCAGCAAAGUCUGAGAGGCAAAAUGAGCUGUCGAAGACUCCAAGCAAACUUUCAUCCUUGUUCUGUGGAACCCAAGACAAGUGUGCCGCUUGCCAGAAGACAGUGUACCCAUUGGAGAAGGUCACCAUGGAAGGGGAAUGUUUCCACAAGUCAUGCUUCAGGUGUGCUCAUGGAGGAUGUCCUCUGACACACUCUUCUUAUGCUGCUCUCGAUGGGGUCCUCUACUGCAAGCACCAUUUCGCUCAGCUUUUCAUGGAGAAGGGAAACUACAGCCAUGUUCUCGAGGCUGCUUCACACAAGAGAAAUAACUCCUCUGCAUCUGCUGAACUUGAUGAAAAUCUAGCUGAUCAGGAUGCUGCGGCUGAUCAAGACCACUCCGAAGAGAAAUCUUAA